UCAGGAACCAAAGAUGAAGACUCCCACUGCACACUUCUUUAUGGUGACAUUCAUUUUAUUAUCAAUGCUCUUUUUGAAAUAUGAUGCAAGUGCUCCUCCAGCUCAGGAGGAUAUUAAUCACACUGCAGUGAUCUGUCAUGAAGGGUUCAUGUCACUUUACAUGUCAAGGAUGCAAUUUGCUGAUCUUCCUUUCUCUGUGUAUGUUCAAGAUGAACAAGGCAGAUACCACCAAGCCGUGGCCAUUGCACAACAGUGCCAUUACUUUGUUGAGGAAACUGAGACCUUUGUCAUCUUAACAGUUGCUUUUCACAGCUGCUUUGUGAGAAGACAAAGAUAUAUCACAAGUCUGAUCACUGUCAUCAUGGCAAUUGCAGACAAAGGCAGAGUUGAGAUUGUCCAGCUGGUACCUCUCAUAUGCAGAAGGGAAAUUAAAGAGGUAAUAAAGAAUGAUAAUCCACCAGCAUCGAGGCAAUUUCCCUGCAGCAAGCAUGGAUUCAACAUUAUCAUCUCCCAGAAUGCCACAGUCCCACCUCUGAACAUGGACACCGUGCGAAUCCCAUCCGGCCAGAGCCAGAACUGUAAACCAAACAUGAAUUCAACUGAGAUGGUCACUUUCAGCUUUCCAUUUACUGACUGCGGCGCACAGUUUGUGAUAGCAGAUGGCAUUAUUACUUAUUCGGUCACCGUUGAGGCAAAACAACUAUUCCAAAAAGGCUUUAUAGUUCGAGACGCUCCUUUUCAACUUAUGGUGUUUUGUAGCUUUGUGCUGGGCAGAAUAUCACAACUGGUCGUGAAGACUGAGGAAGUGCAUUUGGUGCAUUCAUCAGCACUGGAGAGUGAGGGCGUACUGAGGGCUGAAAUGAGGUUUGCCAAAGAUUCCUCUUACCGGUCCUUCUUCUCCUCCCGUGAGCCUCCAGUGGUCACUGAGCUGGGCCAGCCCGUGUAUGUGGAGGUGUUUGUCCUCAAACUUCAGAACAAGGGCCUGGAGCUGCUGCUGAGGGACUGCUGGGCCACACCAUCCAAAGAUCCUCAUGAUGCCCAAAGAUGGACCCUGCUCCUGAAAGGGUGUCCUUUCAGUGGUGACAGCCAGAGGGCAGUUUUAUCACCAGUCAUCUCCAGCAAGGAGCUGACGUAUCCCUCGCUUCACAAGCGGUUUGUCUUCAAGCUCUUCUCAUUUGUGAAGCCUCCUGCGUUUCAAAGCCUGGUGUACUUCCACUGUGAUGUAGAGAUCUGUAAGGCACCAGACUGCUUACAAUCCUGUCACAGCAGAAGGAGGAGAUUGGACGGAAUUGGACCAUUGCCAAGGCAGAGGAAUAUUCCCAGUGUGGUCUCUGGUGGACCCAUCAUUCAUCUGGUGCAGCCUAAAUAACAAGGAAACCCAUGCAUAUUUUCCUAUCUGGCAGAUCCAACAUAAGAAAUAGUUGAGCAAAGAACUGUCAUUGUCUUUGGAAUGGAAAACAGGUUUUAAACAAUAACACCUGAAUCUCGUUUUCAUUAAGAUAACUUUGCUUCUGUUGCAGAGGCUCAAUAAUCACAGGCUGGCUUCUCUAAAUAAUAAUCGCGAAGUGGGCAUUGGUUAGAAUGCACGUGGUUCCCCCAAGACUAAAUAUAAAUGAAACUUCAAGAAGCCUGUUAUUCCUUUUACUGCACUUUAUUGCAGCUCAGUCAACAUACAUUGUGUGUUUUAUGUGUGGUUCUGAAAAUAAACAAUAC